AUAUAUACAGUGCAUUCGGAAAGUAUUUCCGACCCCUUGACUUUUUCCACAUUUUUUACGUUACAGCCGUAUUCUAAAAUUGAUUAAAUAAAAAUGUUCCUCAUCAAUCUAUGCACAAUACACCAUAAUGACAAAGCGAAGAUAUUUUGGCAAAUUUAUAAAUAUAAAAAAACUGAAAUACCUUGUUUACACAAGUAUUCAGACCCUUUGCUAUGAGACUCGAAAUUCAGCUCAGGUGCAUCCUGUUUCCAUUGAUCAACCUUGAGAUGUUUCUACAACUUGAUUGGAGUCCACCUGUGGUAAAUUCAAUUGAUUGGACAUGAUUUGGAAAGGCACACACCUGUCUAUAUUAAGGUCCCACAGUUGACAGAGCAAAAACCAAGCCAUGAGAUUGAAGAAAUUGUCCGUAGAGCUCUGAGACAGAAUUGUUUCGAGGCACGAUCUGGGGAAGUGUACCAAAACAUUUCUGCAGCAUUGAAGGUCUCCAAGAACACAGUGGCCUCCAUCAUUCUUAAAUAGAAGAAGUUUGGAAUCACCAAGACUUCCUAGAGCUGGUCACCCGGCCAAACUGAGCAAUCGGGGGAGAAGGGCCUUGAUCAGGGAGGUGACCAAGAACCCAAUGGUCACUUUGACAGAGCUCCAGGGUUCCUCUGUGAAGAUGGGAGAACCUUCCAGAAGGACAACCAUCUCUGCAGAACUCCACCAAUCAGGCCUUUAUGGUAGAGUGGCCAGAUGGAAACCAUGCGUAAGUAAAAGGCACAUGACAGCUCGUUUGGAGUUUACCAAAAGGCACCUAAAAACUCUCAGAACAUGAGAAACAAGAUUGAAAUCUUUGGCCUGAAUGCGAAGCGUCACGCCUGGAGGAAAUCUGGCACCAUCCCUACGAUGAAUCAUGGUGGUGGAAACAUCAUGCUGUGGGGAUAUUUUUCAGCGGCAUGGACUGGGAGGCUGGUCAGGAUCGAGGGAAAGAUGAACGGAGCAAAGUACGGAGAAAUCCUUGAUGAAAACAUGCUCCAGAGCGCUCAGGACCUCAGACUGGGGCGAAGGUUCACCUUCUAACAGGACAACGACCCUAAGCAUACAGCCAAGACAACGCAGGAGUGGCUUUGGGACAAGUCUCUGAAUGUCCUUGAGUGGCUCAGCCAGAGCCCGGACUUGAACCCGAUUGAACAUCUCUGGAGAGACCUGAAAAUAGCUGUGCAGCGACGCUCCCCAUCCAACCUGACAGAGCUUGAGAGGAUCUGCAGAGAAGAAUGGGAGAAACUCCCCAAAUACAGGUGUGCCAAGCUUGUAGCGUCAUACCCAAGAAGAAUCGAAGCUGUAAUCGCUGCCCAAGGUGCUUCAACAUAGUCCUGAGUAAAGGGUCUGAAUACUUAAGUAAAUGUGAUAUUUCAGUUUUUGGUUGUUUAAAAAAAAAUCUAAAAACCUGUUUUUGCUUUGUCAUUAUGGGGUAUUGUGCAUAGAUUGAUUUGGGGGGAAAUGAUUGAAUUCAUUUUAGAAUAAGGCUGUAACGUAACAAAAUGUGGAAAAGGUGAAGGGGUCUGAAUACUUUCCGAAUACGCUGUAGUCGUAAACCAGAAGAUCAAUUCAAUGUGUAUUGGCUGUAGCCGGCAGGCUACAUUAUUUUCGUAAUCAGGCAUCACUUUACAUUUUGUGUUGAUAAUCAAAUUCAUUGUUUUUAUUAUUUUCACUGCUGAUGACACACACACACACACACACACACAGAGAGAGAGAAAGUCUGUUUCUCAAGAGGUUUUUUUCCUGUUCCCGUAUUUCACAGUAAAAGCCCCUCCUGGUCUCGUUGACUGUAGAGGAAUCGCCAGUUUGCUCUCUGAGUCACAGUGGAUAUAGCAGAGCAGCAGAGCAGUGGUGUGUACUGGUACCCAGAAUGGGCUGAGCUCCACAGGAUCCCAGGAGAACCAGUACAACCUGAUCAAGAACCGCUACACAGGCUGUGAGAUCAUCAUGGGUAACCUGGAGAUCACCCAGAUAGAGACUGACUGGGACUUCAGCUUCCUAGGGACCAUCAGAGAGGUAACGGGCUACAUCCUAAUCGCCAUGAACCACUUCAGACGUCUGCCUCUGGAACAGCUGCGCGUGAUCAGGGGCAACACCCUGUACGACAGAGGGUUCGCCCUCUCUGUCUUCUUCAACUACCCCAAGGAGGGCUCCAAUGGCCUGCAGCACCUGGGACUCACAUACCUCACUGAGAUUCUGGAGGGGGGUGUCCAGAUCGUCAACAACAGGUUCCUGAGCUAUGGUCCCUGGGUGAACUGGGAUGACAUUGUGAGGGACAAGGAUAGAGCCAAGGCUCCCAUUGACAUCCAGUACAACGGCCAGAGAGGGCCUUGUCACCCUUCCUGUGGGGAGAACUGCUGGGGGUCUGGUGAAGAACACUGCCAGAUCUUGACUAAGACGGUGUGCGCCCCUCAGUGUAAUGGCCGCUGUUUUGGGACAAGCCCCAGGGACUGCUGUCACAUAGAGUGUGCAGGGGGCUGCACUGCGUCUCAGGACAUGGACUGCUUUGCGUGCAGUCACUUCAACAACUCAGGCUCCUGUGUGCCCCAAUGUCCCCAGACUCUGAUCUACAACAAGCAGACGUUUCAGAUGGAGACGAACCCCAACGCCAAGUAUCAGUACGGAUCCAUCUGUGUCUCCCACUGCCCCACCCACUUCGUGGUGGACGGCAGCUCCUGUGUGAGUGGUUGUCCUCCAGACAAGAAGGAGGUGGAGAGGAGUGGUCAAAGGCAGUGUGAGCUCUGUGGAGGGCUGUGCCCUAAAGCCUGUGAGGGCACAGGUCCUGACCACAGACAGACGGUGGACUCCAGUAACAUUGACAGCUUCAUCAACUGCACCAAGAUACAGGGCAGUCUGCACUUCCUGGGCACAGGGAUCCUUGGUGAUGACUAUAAGACGAUCCCACCUCUGGACCCUAAGAAGCUGGAAGUCUUCCGCUCUGUGCAGGAGAUAACAGAUAUCCUAUCCAUCGAGUCAUGGCCCAAAGAGCUGUCAGAUCUGUCAGUGUUCUCCAGUCUUACCACCAUACAUGGAAGAUCUCUUCACAAGCAUUUCUCUCUGAUGGUCAUGCGUGUUGCGUCCAUCACCUCUCUGGGUCUGCGUUCCCUGAGAGAGAUCAGGGACGGCAACGUGUACCUCAGCCACAACGCCAACCUGUGUUACCACCACACCGUCAACUGGACACGCCUGUUCACCGGGCACUCCACAAGCCUCAACGACAUCAAGUACAACAGGCCUCUGAGAGAGUGUGUUGAGGAGGGUCACGUGUGUGACCCACUGUGUUCAGACUCAGGCUGCUGGGGCCCGGGGCCUGACCAGUGUCUCUCCUGCAGGAAUCACAGCCGAGACUCUACCUGUGUGGCACACUGCAACUUCUACACAGGUCAGCCCAGGGAGUUUGCGGGGCCAAAAGGGGAGUGUGUUGCCUGUCAUCCAGAAUGCCAACCGCAGUAUGGGAGGGAUAGCUGCACUGGACUGGGGUCUGAUGAGUGUGUGAAGUGUUCCAGUCUGAGAGACGGUCCUCACUGUGUGUUCUCCUGCCCCAGUGGGGUGAACGGGGAGAACGGGCAGUUCAUCUACAAAUACCCCAACAAGGACAGCUACUGUGAGCCCUGCCAUGUCAACUGCACACAGGGGUGUUCGGGUCCAGGGUUGAGUGACUGUAUAGACAACACUAGACAGUCCACUAGCACUCAGAUCACAGGAAUAGCGUUGGGAGUGCCGGCUGCCCUCAUAGUCUGCCUGGCAUUGUUUGUGUUGGGCAUGCUGUACCACCGUGGCCGGGCCAUCCGCAGGAAGAGAGCCAUGAGGAGGUACCUGAAGAGUGAGGAGAGUUUUGAGCCGCUGGGGCCAGGUGAGAAAAGGGCUAACGUUCAUGCCCGGAUCCUGAGGGCCCCAGAGCUGAAGAAGGUCAAAGCCCUUGGCUCUGGAGUGUUUGGUACUGUACACAAAGGCCUGUGGAUCCCUGAGGGAGACUCCGUGAAGAUUCCUGUAGCCAUUAAGACCAUCCAGGAGCGCACAGGCAGACAGACCUUCACUGAGAUCACUGAUCACAUGUUGUCCAUGGGCAGUCUAGACCACCCGUAUAUCGUCAGGCUCAUAGGUGUCUGUCCAGGUGCCAGUCUCCAGCUGGUCACCCAGCUCAGCAGCCAGGGGUCCUUACUGAACCACAUCAGGCACCACAGGGACAACCUGGAUCCACAGAGGCUUCUCAACUGGUGUGUACAGAUAGCUAAGGGCAUGUAUUACCUGGAGGAACACUGUAUGGUGCACAGGAACCUGGCUGCGAGGAACGUGAUGUUAAAGAAUGAUUACUUCGUCCAGAUUUCUGACUACGGUGUGGCUGACCUGCUCUAUCCCGAUGACAAGAAAUAUGUCUACAGUCACAGUAACAAGACUCCCAUAAACAUAAAAUGGAUGGCCCUGGAAAGCAUCCUGUUCCGAACAUACACUCAUCAGAGUGACGUCUGGAGUUAUGGAGUGACAGUGUGGGAGAUGAUGUCAUUCGGAGCAGAACCCUACGCGUCCAUGCAGCCCCAAGAUGUCCCCAGUGUACUGGAGAAGGGAGAGCGCCUGUCCCAGCCCCACAUCUGUACUAUAGACGUGUACAUGGUCAUGGUUAAGUGCUGGAUGAUUGAUGAAAAUAUUCGCCCGACCUUCAAAGAACUGGCCAAUGACUUUAUUCGCAUGGCAAGAGACCCACCUCGCUACCUUGUCAUCAAGGACGGAGGAGAGGCGGGGCCAGAAGAAUCCCACCAACGAGACAAUUUGGAGGCGAGCCUGGAGGACCAGGAUGAGGAGGGAUUGGAGGACGGUUUGGCCACUCCUCCCCUUACCCUGUCCCCAUCCAGGAUGUCUCGCCUGAGGAUGAGCUCAUAUAGGAGUGCCAGUGUCACCGUUCAGGCCGGACCAGUAGAGUACCUUCCCAUGACCCCCAGCUCUGGAGAGUUGUUCUCCCAGCAGUCUCGUCUGAACUCAGCGAGGACACUGUCACAGGGGUUAGAGGGAAGACGGAGUGGCCUGGACGUUGAGCUGACCGAGGGAGUGUCACUGAGCGGCAGCUUGCGCAGGCAGCAGCCCAGAGCUGGCAGGGACAGCAGCAGUAGUACCCACCACACCUCCACCACCAUGGUGCAUAGGAGCCAAUCUGCAGUCUCAGAGUCACACUCCAACAGGCCUGAGCAAGAGGAGGAGGGGGAGGAAGAUCACUAUGGAUACGUGCUGCCUGGAGUGUCUAACACUCCAGAGAGAGAUUGUCUGCUGUCUCCCCCAGCCUCCAGAAACUCUCGCCCAAGUGGAACAUCUCUCAGGGGCUCUAGGAGCUCCAAAAAUGUGCUGUCACCAUUAGCAACUGCCCCAGACCCCACCGCGGACUAUGAACUGAUGACCAAACAGCCAGCCCAUUUGCCCCGCUCCCCCAGAGCCACCUCUGUACAGAUAGAAGGGCCUUCAUCAGUGGUAUGGAGGAAACAGUCCUCAACUCUGCCCUCCCCAACCUACAAUACAGCACCCUCACCACUAGAGGGCGACAACACAGUGCAUGGGGCCUCACAGGAGUCAUCAUCAGGCACUGCAGCCACUCCUGGGGGAAGCCAGUGUUCAACAGAGGCCUCUGAUAGUGCUUCGGCUAGAGUAGCAGAGGGAGACAUGCUGCAGCCGCUGGUUGACAGGCCUUACAGUGGAUCUGUUGUGUCUGACAGUGGAGGGGGGACUCAGGGGAGGCCAGAGCAAGCAGCUGUAGUGGACUAUGAAUACAUGGAUAUCCGGAGCACCACAAACAACACAGACACAGAAAGACCGAUCUGGGAGAGGCGUGAGUGUCGAGCAGCUGACUUGAGGAGGACAGAGGCAGAAGAACGAGAGAGAGAAGAAGAAGGAAAGAGUCAGGAGGUAGAGGAGGAGAAAGGAAAGGAAGGGGAGGAAGUUUACCAGUACACUAACAAGCAGCCCAGACUCCCCAGAGAGAGCAAUAAAGUGGCGGGGCUCUUCCCCAAGCCAAGGCCUAAGCCCAGCCUCCUCCCCAAGCCAAGGCCCAAACCCAGCCUCAGCCCCAGCCCCAAUCCCAACCCCAGGCCCGAUGGUUUCACAGCAGUGGUAGACAGCCAGGUGGAGGUAUAUGAGGAGAUGCAUGCCUUUGGAGGGGGCUCCCAGCGAGGGGACCACCAGGAGGCAGAGUACCAGAACCUCCCAGUCCCAGGGAAGGGGAGGGCCACCACGGCUGAGGAGGGGGGCGCGGGUAGCAGGUGUGCCGGGCUAGGGUUGGGGGGGUACAUCAAAGUAUGCUCUGGUGUGGGAGUGGUAGAGCCGAGCAGCAACACAUCGUUUGACAACCCUGACUACUGGCACAGCAGACUGUUCCUCAAGCCAGAUGCUAUGUGCACAUAAUGAUGUGGACUGAGAAAACAACAUCAAUCGUGACCUAGCAAGCACAGCCAGAGGUGUUUUAUAGAAUCAUGUAACAGGCUGGGGUGCAGCUCAACCAGUAGUGUAGCCCUCUUUUAGUACUGUUGAAUGUGUUGUUUAUAAUGUAGUGUAAGUAUUCUCAGUUGGUUUACACAUCAUCCAUCCAAACAUCAUUGACCAAAAAAACAUCUGCAAAAUGUCCUAUGUAGCAUUAAUGUUAUCUAGCAGUUUAUAGUGACAUCUCAGUCUAAGAAAUGUAACCAAAUAGGCAGCUAUAUAUUAAACAACAGCAAAGGAUGGCCUAAGCUGUGAGCAAGAAUCAGUAAGUCAAAGGCAAACAGAAUAGUGAGAAAUAGAUGCACAUAGAUCUUAAUGUACAAAGAUACACAAAGCAUAUAGAAUGUACAAAGAUACACAAAGCAUAUAGAAUGUACAAAGAUACACAAACCAUAUAGAAUGUACAAAGAUACACAAAGCAUAUAGAAUGUACAAAGAUACACAAACCAUAUAGAAUGUACAAAGAUACACAAAGCAUAUAGAAUGUACAAAGAUACACAAAGCAUAUAGAAUGUACAAAGAUACACAAAGCAUAUAGAAUGUACAAAGAUACACAAAGCAUAGAUACAUAAAGUAGAAAUAGGAGGCCAAUGUACACACACUAAUGGAUCAAAUUUGCAGUGUUUGCACUUCAACUUGUUCCACUUCCUGGUGAAGCUGAGUUGACCUACAUAGAUAGAACCUCAAGGUUCCCUGGGUGUGAGGUCUGCCAUGUAAUGUACAUUUGUAGCUUAUAGUUUCCUCUAUGAAAUGAAGUUUUCUUGAUGAACAUGAGUGUAUGGAUAAAUUUCAGUCAUGUAUUGACUAUGUCAUUACAAGUGUGUGUGUGUAUGUGUUUCAAGUUUUAAUGUUGCAUGCACAAGUACAGUGAAAUGCCUUUCUUGCUCGCUCUAAAUCCAACAAUGCAGUAAUCAAUAUCAAUUUAGUACUAAAUAUAACAUAAGGUAGAACAAGAAAAAUAAAUAAAUAUGAAGAACACGAGAAGAAAUUAAGCUACAGUGCAUUUGAAAGUAUUCAGACCCCUGGACUUUCCACAUUUUGUUGAGUUACAGCCUUAUUCUAAAAUGGAUUAAAAAAGAAAUUAAAUCAUCAAUCUACAAAAAAAUGUUGGCAAAUGUAUUAAAUAUAAAAAACAGAAAUACCUUAUUUACAUAAGUAUUCAGACCCUUUGCUAGGAGACUCGAAAUUGAGCUCAAGUGCCUCCUGUUUCCAUUGAUCAUCCUUGAUGUUUCUACAACUGGAUUGGAGUCCACCUGUGGUAAAUUCAAUUGAUUGGACAUGAUUUGGAAAGGCAAACACCUGUCUAUAUAAGGUCUCACAGUUGACAGUCAUGAGGACAAAAGGAUUGUCCGUAGAGCUCCGAGACAGGAUUGUGUCGAGGCACAGAUCUGGGGAAGGGUACCAAAACAUUUGUGCAGCAUUGAAGGUCCCAAAGAACAGUGGCCUUCAUCAUUCUUGAUUGAAGGACUUGUCUGUAGAGCGCCGAGACAGGAUUGUGUCGAGGUACCAUAACAUUUUCUGAGGCAUUGAAAGGCCCCACUGCUAGAACACAGUGGCCUCCGUCACUCUUAAACUUCUACUUGGUCACAAUCCCGGAUCCGGGAGCACCCCCAUCAGUAAAAAAAGCUGACUAGCAUAGCCUAGCAUAGCGUCACAAGUAAAUACUAGCAUCUACAUAUCAUUAAAUCACAAGUCCAAGACACCAGAUGAAAGAUACACAUCUUGUGAAUCCAGACAUCAUUUCUUAUUUUUAAAAUGUUUUACAGUGAAGACACAAUAUGUAUUUCUAUUAGCUAACCACCAUAGCAAAAGACACAACUCUUUUUUCCCACCAUUUUUUUCCUGCAUAGGUAGCUAUCACAAUUUCGACCAAAUAAAGAUAUAAAUAGCCACUAACCAAGAAACAACUUCAUCAGAUGACAGUCUGAUAACAUAUUUAUUGUAUAGCAUAUGUUUUGUUAGAAAUAUUUGCAUAUUUCAGGUAUAAAUCAUAGUUUUACAUUGCAGCCACCAUCACAACUCUCACCAAAGCAACUAGAAUAACUACAGAGACCAACAUGAAUUACCUAAAUACUCAUCAUAAAACAUUUAUGAAAAAUACACAGCGUACAGCAAAUGAAAGACAAAGAUCUUGUGAAUCCAGCCAAUAUUUCAGAUUUUUUAAGUGUUUUACAGCGAAAACACAAUAUAGCAUUAUAUUAGCUUACUACAAUAGCCAACCACACAACAGCAUUGAUUCAAGCCAACAAUAGCGAUAACGAAUAAACCAGCAAAAGAUAUACAUUUUUUCACUAACCUUCUCAAACUUCUUCAGAUGACAGUCCUAUAACAUCAUAUUACACAAUACAUAUAGAGUUUGUUCGAAAAUGUGCAUAUUUAGCGGCACAAAUCGUGGUUAUACAAUGAGAAUAGUUGUCACGUUCCUGACCUGUUUUCUCUUGUUUUGUAUGUGUUUAUUGGUCAGGGCGUGAGUUUUGGGUGGGCAGUCUAUGUUUUCUGUUUCUAUGUUGGUUUUGGGUUGCCUGGUAUGGCUCUCAAUCAGAGGCAGGUGUUUGACGUUUCCUCUGAUUGAGAGUCAUAUUAAGGUAGGUUGUUCUCACUGUUGGUUUUGUGGGUGGUUGUCUCCUGUGUCUGUAUGUAUGUUCGUGCCACACGGGACUGUAGCGUUGGUUUGUAGUCUGUACCUGUUUCGUGCGUUCUUCGUGUAUUAGUAGUUCUCAUGUUUUAGGUCAGUCUACGUCGUUUUUGUUGUUUUGUAAUUUUCCAAUUGUUUUUUCGUGUUCGUCUUCGUCUUUAAAUAAAUCUAUUAUGUCAUCAUA